AUGGAUGCUGAGUUCAAUAGAACAUAUAUAAUUCUUGGUGGCUAUGUAGGAGUGGACAAAUACGGAUAUCUUUAUUUUGUUAUCUUGUUGGCAUUAUAUCUCCUCAUCCUCUGUACUAAUUUAACCAUCAUAUGUGUCAUCUGUAUUCACAGGAACCUUCAUGAGCCUAUGUACAUUUUCAUUGCAGCUUUGUCGGUCAACUCUAUUUUGUUUAGCACCGCUAUCUACCCCAAACUUUUCAUUGAUGUCUUAUCCCAAAGACAGAUCAUUUCUCAUUCAGCUUGUAUGUUUCAAUAUUUUAUGUUCUAUUCUUUAGGCACGUCAGAUUUCUUACUGCUGUCAGCCAUGGCUUAUGACAGUUUACAAAUAGUUGUUUAUAAUCCUCUUUUCAAUCCAAUCCUAUAUGGGGUGAAAAUGAAAGAAAUUAAGAAACACAUCAUGAGAUUGUUGUGUAAACAAAAACAUAUGAUCCAUUGA